UUCCCAUUGAGCUCAACAACCCGUAACAUCUAACAGACUGCACCUCCCGAAAUGCAACGUCCUUUAAUUUCCAUGAUGGCCGAAUGGUGUAAACCUGCGGGAAGAGUGAGAGGAGUUCUGUUAGAUAUUAGUGGGGUUCUGUAUGACAGUGGGGAAGGAGGAGGGGUUCCUAUUGCCGGCUCGACAGAAGCGGUGAGAAGAAUCAAAGAGGCCAAUUUAAAGGUGCGUUUUUGCACCAACGAAACUCAAGCCACCCGGGAGAAGUUUGUGGCGAAGUUGCAAAACCUGGGAUUUGAUAUCACUUUGAAUGAAGUCUUUGCUCCUGCCCCUGCUGCUUGUCAAAUUUUGAAGGAACGUGGACUUAGACCACACCUCCUUGUACAUGAUGAUCUUCUACCAGAGUUUAACCAGAUUGACCAAUCAAAUCCCAACUGUGUUGUGAUUGGAGACGCUGCAGAUAAUUUUUCUUACAAGAACCUGAAUCAGGCUUUUCAAGUUCUGAUAGGACUAGAAAAACCUGUGCUGCUAUCUCUUGGCAGAGGGCGAUAUUAUAAGGAAACCGAUGGAAUGAAACUUGAUGUUGGAGCUUACAUGAAGGCAUUGGAGUAUGCCUGUGAUAUCGAAGCUGAAGUGGUAGGAAAACCAGCAAAAAUGUUUUUCCUGUCUGCCGUAUCUGACAUGAGCUUAGAGCCAGAUCAGGUCAUCAUGAUUGGAGAUGAUAUUGUGAAUGAUGUAGGUGGAGCCCAGCAGUGUGGUAUGAAGGCUGUCCAGGUCAGGACAGGGAAGUACAGACCCUGUGACGAACAGCACCCAACAGUGAAGGCAGAUGGAUAUGUGGACAAUUUGGCACAAGCAGUCAAAAUCCUUCUUGAACAUUUACACUAGCAACUCGAACACUGGUAUCCAAGAAACAUCUGACAAUGAACAAAGAAUGUGAAGUCAUUAAAAAUUUACAAAUUCAUUGCCCUUUGGCUGUUCAGAGGUGGCGGGGGGGGGGUUACAGGCCCUUACAGAAUUAGCAUUGUUGUGGAUUUGGUAAUUGUUUCAAAACAGUAAAUAUCAGAUUAAAGAAUUUAUGAAGCUGUUUUAUAACUGCCUAAAUGAUGUACUUAUAUUGAUUCUCAUAAACCUAUGUUAUCUAUGAAUCAUACUGUACAAUCUUUACUAAAGAAGUGUUUUAAUAAACCGAAUAUUGCUGUUUGCC